UGUGGCUAGAUGUCGGCGGCCAUGUCUGCGACUUGCCGAUUCUCGUGGCGAAAAUCGGAACUAAUUGACACUGACAUUUCAUUUGUCACUGUCAGUGUCAUUUUGGAUUCGAUUCGGCUUGUUUGUUUGUGAAAUUGUUUUUGUGUUGCAACAAUGGAAUCCACGGAAUCACAAAAUGCACAAAUGGAAUGGGACGAAGAAGUCACUCUAAAAUUAAUACAAUUAUACCAAGAAAAAGAACUGCUAUGGAACCCCAACCACAGUGAUCACAAAAGUCGGCCAAAACGGUACGAGGCAUGGAACGAAAUUGCAAUAAUUUUAAAAACAAAUGUAACAGAAGUGGAGCGAAAAAUAAAAAAUCUAACCAGCCAAUAUUACAGAGAAAGAAAAAAAACUGUUAAAUCAAGAAAGACUGGGGCCAGUACAGAUUGUGUUUAUAAAAGCAAAUGGUUUGCAUACAAAUAUUUCAAUUUUUUGCUCACUAAAAAUAAACCAGCUGGGACGAAUGAUUCGGAAACAACAUCUAACGACAAUGGCUACAUCACAGAAAAUAGUUCAUCUCAAACGUCACACAUUCCUCGAGCAAAUAAACGUUGUAAACCAAAUAAUGAGAUUUCAGAAGCAAUAAAUUUAAUAAAAACAGUUGGUCAACAAAGAAAUGAAUCAAAACUAAGAGAUGAGGACGAACUGUUCGGUGAAUACAUAGCAACCCAACUUAGAAAGUUCGAGAAAACGACCAAAGCAAUCGUAAAACAUCGGAUAAACAACAUGAUUUUUGAAGCCGAAACUGGUUACAGAGCUGACUUGUUUCUACCUUCACCGAGUACUUCAACGCCCCAUAGCCAUCCAAGCUGUUAUACUUCCCCUAUCGAUCAACAUGUGAAUUCUUACUAUUCAUCGUCCAACUCUGCCCUAACAAACCCCGUUUCGCCUCAAACUGAGGUGCCGGUUGAAGAAAACGGUGAUAUUAAAAAUAUAAUACUGUCUAUUGAUCCUGAUAAUUAAAAACGCUUAAGUUACGUGAAGUGUAAAAAACAGAAGUAAGUGAUUUACCAACUAUUAAUAUGAAUUAUAAUAUAAAUACAACAAUUCCAUGUUUUAUAACUUGAGAUGUUAAUAUCCCAAUAACGGAAGAAAACAUUGAAAUUCUCUUUUUAUUUUUAUCCACAACGAGGAAGCUCUUGGCCUGUAUCUCACCUGAUGGUAAGUGACGAUCAGGCCGAAGGUGGAAGCGAGCUUCACCCGGAAUCCUCAACCACGGAGGCUGACUGUACCCUCAUUCCUGAAGGGACAAUGUAUCAGGGACAGACAUGCUAGCCACAUACAGGGUGUCCCAAAAACAAUAGAUUAUCUUUUAACUAAAUUUUACUGCCUAAGGUGGCAACGCACACGGUCGUGACUUAGGCAGUUCGAUUUUAUCAAGUUAGUUAUAAGUUAGUUUGAGAGAUGCGAACUCUCUCUGCGAACGGUAAGAAAAAUUUAAUAAUUAUCUUGUCUAGGCAAAUCAACAAGGAAACUAUACACGCAGACAAAAAAUUUACGACUCAUGUCGGCGGGUUUGGUAUGUAGACUGCUUAAUAGACCUGUCUGUCUAUUACAACUUAGGUUGUUAUUUACAAAUUCAAAUAGUCUAUCUAGUACACAGGCCUUUUCCAGGCACUUAUACACAUCCCAAAUUUUUACAAAUUACAAUUUUAGAUAGGCAAAACAUUCAUGUGUGACUUAAACAUAUAUUUGAGGUCUUAUUUACACUAUAAUAAAAAUAAAUAACAAAAUUGUGCACACUUAACAUUCUAAGGCAAAUCAUUAGUAGCAGGGCGGAUAUGGAAUAAAAAGAUUUUAUCACUAAAACAGCAACAGCAAUAUGCAAUCAGUCUUUUAAACAACAAAGAAUUUCACAUAUAUAUAUCUUUUAAAAACCUUUUUUAAGACAAGCUUUUAUUUAAAUGCUCUUAAAAGAAUAAAAUUCCUAUGGCCACCUUUCGGCUUCAUCAUGAGACCAGCUCCAUGCUAUCAUAACAUUGCAUUGUCAUCCGAAUUACAUGUGUAUGCAAAAUUUCAGCUCAAUCGCUUGUCAGAAAGUGGCAUUUUACCUAAAAUAUUAAAAUUUAACAUUACAAGUUAAAUAAAAGCUUGUAAAAACCAACACAAUAUUGUGAUUUUUGAAAAUGGAUAUGAUAAUAGAAAGGGUCUACAUCUAUACAGGGUGUCUCAUACUUUAUGUUUUAAGUAAUUUUUAGGACUAGUCCAAUUAUAAACACUGUGGAAAUAAAGUUGGAAGGCACAGAGGUUAAAAAUGUUAGUUAACACCAUUAAACAAGGCACACAUCCUUUUAAACGCUAAUUUUAACCUUCAGAAACACAUUAUAAAAUAAAAUAAAAACUACGUAAAUUGAGACGAAUCUAAUGACGCUUCACAAACUUAAACCCAAAUGAAGUUUAUGCUAAAACUUUCAA